AAUUUGACUCUCUCGCAAAGCUCUCUUUUCGCAUUAAGGGGAUAUUUUUUGUUGGUCUGCGAGAGAUUCGAGAUUGGAGAUCCAAAAGAGAGAGCGGGAGUGCUAGUGCUGCUUACCAGUCGGCGGUGGAUCGUUCAGUGAGUCUCCAAGCGUUGUCGCAUCCACAAUAUCGCGGUUUUUGUCGCGGAUUCGUUUGGCUAACUAACGGUAUACGCUGCACGCAUCUGGCGGUAAAUUGGCAGCGAGAAGCCCGCGCUAAUAAUACAUUUUGAAAUCGGGAAAAGAAAAGGAUCGUAAAUCCAUAACAAGUAUACGCCCAAUCAACCAAUCAAUUAUUUUGGCUGAUAAUAGAGCAAGCGAUCGAUAACAAGAUGCAUGUGCCAUUAUAAAGAUAAAAGGAAAGGACAUCAUAGAAGCAGUAUCAUAGGAGGUCCUUGUUAUAGAUAUAUGGAAAACCCUUAACUGAUAUUAUUAUAUUAGAGUACAUUGAACUUGAGUGUUAACUUUUUACCUACAUCUAUAGAACCCGCUCAUACACAAGCAGUUAGAACAUUAGAAUGGGUAAAGAUUAUUAUAAAACCUUAGGGCUGCCAAAAACUGCCACCGACGAUGAGAUCAAAAAGGCCUAUAGGAAACUGGCCCUGCGCUAUCAUCCGGACAAAAAUAAAGCCGCCAAUGCUGAGGACAAAUUCAAAGAGGUGGCCGAGGCCUACGAAGUCCUGUCAGACAAGAGCAAGCGAGAAGUGUACGAUAAAUAUGGUGAAGAUGGUCUGAAGAGUGGCGGCACACGAAAUGGCGGUCCUUCGAGCAACUCCUUUACAUAUCAGUUCCAUGGAGAUCCUCGUGCCACCUUCGCCCAGUUCUUUGGCAACAGCAAUCCCUUCGCCUCGUUCUUUGACAUGGGCGACAAUAUAUUUGAUAAGAACGUCUUCGAUCUGGACACAGAACCCGACUUCUUUUCAUCGCCCUUCGGUGGUAUUGGUUCUCGCCAUGGUCUAGGCAGUGCCUUCAGGCCCUCUUUCAGAUCACACUCCUUCAACGUACAUACGCCGUUCAAGAAGGAGCAGAAACAGGAUCCACCCGUCGAACACGAUCUCUAUGUAACGCUGGAGGAGAUCUAUCACGGCUGUGUUAAGAAAAUGAAAAUCUCCCGACGCGUCGUCUCUGCGGAUGGCAGUUCACGCAAGGAGGAUAAGGUACUGCAGAUAUCCAUUAAGCCGGGCUGGAAAUCGGGCACAAAGGUCACCUUUCAAAAGGAGGGCGACCAGGCGCCCGGCAAAAUCCCCGCCGACAUUGUGUUCAUCAUCAGGGACAAACCGCAUACCAUGUUCAAGCGCGAAGGCAGCGAUCUACGCUAUACGGCGAGAUUGACGCUUAAGCAGGCUCUCUGCGGCGUUGUCUUCCAAGUUCCUACCAUGUCCGGCGACAAGUUACGCAUCAGUACCAUGCAGGAGAUUAUUAAGCCGAGCACGGUGAAACGGAUUCAGGAUUAUGGCCUGCCCUUCCCCAAGGAUACGACACGCAAAGGUGAUCUCCUGGUGGCCUUCGACAUUCAGUUCCCGGAGAAAUUGACAGCCGCCCAAAAGGAGCGGCUCAGGGAAGUGUUAUGAGGUGUUAUGAUCAACACCCACCCAGUGACGACUCACACACACACACACACACUCUUAGUCAUUCAUUCAAUCGCACUAAAACCAAACCGACUCCAUCUUUCAAUCAAUGUCCUAUUCAUUAUUUUUGUUAACAACUCCCAUUGAGAUCUUUUUUCCAUUUUGCUUGUUUUUUGUGUUCAGUGAAAACAUUUUCCGCAUCUUUUUACAGGAAAUCUUAAAACUUAACAAUCGGUUUUGCUCAUCUUACGCCACGAACAUGUUUGCAUAAUAUAUAUAUGUUGACCAUAGUUAUUAUAUCAUUAAUUCUUAAUUUAUUUGUCUAAAUUAAAACUACAUUUAAUAAAAUUACACACACACAGAGAGAGAAGAGAAUACAUGUGGAAGAAAAAGAAAAACAA